AUGCCUUCUGCUCACAAAGGCAAAGGCAAGGGGCGCGACGUGCGACCGCCGCGCAGCCGCAACACCACCCCGAGCUCCAGCUUCAAUACCGUCCCGACCAGCACUCCUCACCCCCCCUCGACCUACAUCAAUAAUGAUACAUCGAAGUUCAUCAUCCCCACGACCGUACAAUAUUCAGAGAUCCUCGAGCGAAUGGGCGGGGUCGGGCCCAUUCCCGAUUCCAAGUCCCUCGAAUCGCUGGUGGAACAUUUAAAGGUCCUGGGUGAUCUGGCAGAGGCCCGCGGUGAUGCCUGCAACGCCGGCAUUCGGGAGCUAUCCCAAAAACGCAAGGAGGUGGUGGAAGACCCGGAACCUUUCGAAACCGACCGUCCAAAGAUGAAACGGGAGGCCGACGAGGAAGAGGACAGCCCCAAGGCAUUCAAAGGUGGCAAGUUGAAGAAGCGGAAAGAACGGGGCAGCAGUUCGAGGGAGGACCGUCCGUUGAACCAUGGGGCGCACGAGCUUGCGCGACAAGACGGCGCGGGGGUGAAGCCAGAAGGUGUAACUUCCCCGGCAUCCAAAAAGUCGAGGAAGGCCGCCUCCGAAGACACCUCCUCCUUGUCGCCUCCGUCGCCAGGAUCCCCGAAACCCGAAGCAGACGCGGCCGACGGUGCAGCGGCGGCUGAAUCGCCAGGGUCGGAUGAUAGCUCAGACUCGCAUCAGCCGGAGCCUGCCCCCGCCGUGCCCCAGGUCCAGGUGUUCGGCCCGAACCCGCUCAAAUUCGAUGAUCCGACCGUUUAUGAGAUCCGAGAUGUCACGCCGGACAUGACCGACGAUCAGAAGAAGGAGAUUUACUGCGUCAAUCGUUUCCCCAAGACCGACCUCGUUCACCUCAUGGCUGGGAUUCCGCCGGAUCGGGACUUCAGCAAUGCCAAACCUACGAAUCAGGUCUCUGCCAACACGUUUCUAGCCUAUAUCGAGCCAUAUGUCCGCCCUUUGAUGGAGGAGGAUAUUGCAUUUCUGAAAGAGAAGGGCGAUCGAUCAACCCCGUUCAUUAUGCCCAGACGCGGCAAAAAGCACUACACCGAGAUCUGGGCCGAGGAGGACGGAAUGAUGAGCAUUGACCAAACCAACGGCGACAAAGAACGCCUGCCACUAAACCAAGGCCGCGGCAACAUCGACCAAGUGACCGACGACACCGUCGAAACCGACAAAGUGUCCGUGGGCCCGCUGGUCAGCCGGCUCUACUCGCUCCUCCGGUACGAGCACCGCCCGGCGUCGGACGAGAGCACCAACACCAACGGCACCGUCAACGGGGACCUCCCCAACGGAGCCCUCAACGGCGGCGACUCCAUGGACCUCGACGCCCAAAUCGGUGGAGGCAGCGGCGGCGGCGGCGGUGAGCCCUCCUCCGAGACCAAACCCCAACCAUCAGCGACCUCCUUUCCCGACGCCUCCCCCAGCGGAUUCAAAGUGCCCGCCGCCAAACUCGACCACUCGCAGCUCGACGAGCGCCUGAAGGCCGAACUCCGCCACGUGGGCUUUCUCAGCCAAGACGACAACCCGGACUACGACGCCCACUACGACGACGACAUCGCGCAGCGACUCCGCCUCCUCCAAAGCGAGCUCAAAAAGCAGAUGAUCGCCAACAGCGCCCGCAAGGCCCGCCUCCUCGAAAUCGCCCGCGAGCGCAUGGCCUUCCAGGAGUACAUGACCAUCCACGACGACCUGGACUCGCAGGUCCAGCAGGCCUACCUGAAGCGCACCCGCACGCUGGGCAAGAGCAAGAAGGGCGCCCAGGCGAAGCAUCGCCCCGGAGGCGCCGGUGGCGGCAGCCACGUCGUCAGCGCUGCGGGCGUCGGCCGCCCCGCUAUCGGCGACGUGGCGCGUACUCUUCUCGAUCGCCGCAAGCGCUGGCAAGAGUGUAUCGGUCCGGUGUUCAAGGAUUGUAAGACGUCUGUUCCUCGUCAGGAUGAGACGAUCUUUGACCCGGCGAUUAUGGCGGACUAUGAGAAGGCGGAGGUGGAGGGGUGGGAUGAGGAGCAGGAGUGA